ACCUUAUACCCGCUGGCAUCUGUUUUGCAAUCUGCCUGUUAACCCCUUGCAUUAUAUCACAUCAAUUCGAGAGGCUAUUAUGGCACCGUUAUAAUAUACUCCAACUCCCUAAAUCAGCCUCCGGUUGAUGGAUCCGGACAUCGUUCCGUAUUUUUACACUUUAUGUCUUUUUGAAAUGUUGCUGUAUCUGUGGCUAUGCAUUGUACCAUUGGCACUCGGUGCUUCAUGGAUUGCCCCUGGUGCUGUUUGGUACGAUACCGAUGGCAAGAAGAUCAACGCACAUGGUGGCGGCAUUGUCCAACGUGAAAGCACAUUUUACUGGGUUGGCCAUUCAGCCGAAAAUCAAACGCCUAUGAUGUAUUCGUCCACGGAUCUCAUUAAUUGGAAAAACCUGGGGGCCCAAUCUACCGUGUCGGCGAUGUGGAGACCUAAGCUCGCGAAGCCGAACGGUUCAUUUUGGCUCUUUGGUCAACAAGAUCGUUAUAGCUUAUCCCUGAAGUCAUCCCAACUGAAUGGGGGCUAUGUGCAAUCUGCCAAGGUCUACCUUCCGCCGAAUCUUUACAGCUAUUCAGACACAGGAAUGUUUCAUGACCCCGUUACCGAUACGUGGUACCUGUUGACGAGUGCAGACCACAACAUUGUCCAAAUCAACAAAAUAAAUGCCGAUGGAACAGUAGGCGCUCAAGCUUCGAGCCUAAUCGCCGGGGCAUACGAAGCCCCUGGCUUGUUUUACGCGGAUGGAGUGUACUUUUUGAUCUGUUCUGGAAAAACCGGCUGGAGAGCAAAUCCUAACAAAGUCUUCUGGGCUACCUCGAUAGCCGGCCCAUGGACAGGAGGAACUGACAUUGCGCCUUCAGGCGAGAACACUUACGGCUCCCAAAAUACCUUUGAACUAACAAUCUCCGGAUCCCAGAAAACUACCCAUAUCUUUAUGGGUGAUGCAUGGGAUUCAAAAGGUGGUGCCAGCUCCAACUACGUUUGGCUACCGAUGACAGUUGAUACUAGUCGUAAAAAAGUCACACUAGACUACCACGCCAUGUGGGCAGUCGAUGUUAAGACUGGUGCUAUCUCAUCAGCAAAAGCGGACAAGCGGUACGAAGCAUACCACGUGCUUGGAAAGAGAACAGCUGGUGGAUUGAACGAGAUAACUUUCCGCAAUGUCACAGGCACCGGAGCUAUGCAGUGGCUAGCCUUUGACUACACAGUGAACAAGCGAAAUACUGGUGAGGCAUAUAUUAUCGUCAACAAUGAACCACCCGUGAACAUUUCGAGCUUGAACUCGCGGGCUGGAUACCACCACUUGGUGCCCGUGCAGCUAAAGCUUGAAGCUGGCGAUGACAAUACUAUUGUGUUCGGGUCUAUGGGACAGGAUGAUUUCGAGACGACUAUUACUGGGAUUGAGUCUUUUUAAUACAAGUUUAAACUUUAGUAAAACUUGUUGCAGAGGUGUUCAAUUCUAUAGAUAGGGGCAAGCAAACGAGCGCACACCCAAGAGUUAACAUUAUUAUAACUAUGUACUCGGAUAGUUAGUGUAAAGUCAUAAAAACAACUAUUAUAGGGAAUACCAGUUGUUCUUGGGGUAGCGUGUUUUAGUUAGAGCUUAGACAACCGAACCCUUUUCCCAAAGACCGAUCGCUACGGACUACGUACGGCAAUCGGAGAAUGCUAUCAAGACUAUAUCUUCAACUCUAUGUGAGCGAAUAUAGCGUCUAUAUCUAAUUAUCGGUAGGCAGCAUUUCUAAGAC